AUGACUGAGGCCGACGACUGCGCCCUCAACACCACCUCGGAAGAGCACAUGCAAAGAAGCAGGCACCUAUUCUCCGCCGCCUGCGAGAUCUUCGGUCUGGUCAUCAGCACGCAGAAGAUGGUGGUCAUGCAUCAACCGCCACCUAACACAUCCCCUCCCCCCAACGCGCCGCCGCCGCCGCAAAUCAGCAUGAACGGAACCCAACUGCACCGUGGUGGAGAACUUCCCGUACCUGGGCAGUACCCUCUCCCGUAG